AUGCCAUCUCCAAGCCUUGAUAAAGACACUUCCUGGUCCAAUAUCUCAAAAUCAAGUCUAGAAGACAGAUUAGAGGCCCGCAGAACAUUCAAGGAGUAUGUGGAACGUACAUGUGGCGAGAGAUACAUUCUCGAGCAUCCAGAUCUAGUCUCUCUUUUUGAGCCUUCAGAUCCUUCUAAAUCGCCUACAUCUGUGAUCCCACCAGUAUUAGAGCUGCUCGAGCAUGCUUUUGCGUCACUCACGGAAGCCGAAGUUCAAUCCACCAACAUUAAACGCGCUCUUCAUACGAAGCUUUUCUUUGACGAGACUUUUUCGAUACCUUCAACACUCGAAAAGAUAUCGGUGAAAGCAUUAGUACUAGUCCUAAAAGCUGUAAGUAGUAGCAGCUUGCCUGUCGAGCCCAAGCAAUCCAAUGAACCCAUGAAUGUGCAUGAGCCCGUCCAUAGUCAUCUCAUUUACAAGUGUAUUUCCCCGCAUGACUGUAUGGGAAACACACUGGAAUGUAUCAUCUAUUCUGAGGGCCCGGCGGCCAUCCAGAGACCUAUCUAA